AUGUUUAAAAGAAAAUCAGUAAUAACUAAUGGUGGUACUCAACCACGAUCAAAAUCACCACCUGGUAAUAAAAAAAGUAGUAUUACUUCUCCGAGGCAUCUUAUUCAUACCGAAAGUGAAGAACAAGCUCAAGAAAUAUUAUCAUAUUGGAGUCUGAACCCAACUGAAAAUAAAAUGCCAGAUACUUCAAUACAGUAUAAAACUUUACCAAAUUCAUUUAUUGGAAAAGAUGGUAAUAUAUUACCUGAUAGUGUAGAAAAUAGUACUGGAACUGUUAUCAUCAAGAAUUCUGUACCUUACAACAACCAGUAUCUUGAUCAGUAUUCUGAUCCUUUACAACAAAAUAUUGUUCCAUCUUUGGCUACAAUUGAAAAAAUCCGGCGUGCCAAAAGACGUUUACAACUUGAAUCUGAACUUGAAAAAAUGGCAAUUUCUGAUAAGGAUAAACGUGAAAUUCGUCAAGAAUGGCUUACACUUGAAUCUGAUUAUAUGCGUAUUUUACGUAAAAAAAUUACUAUCAAUGCUUUUCAGAUGAUUAAAACGAUAGGUCAUGGUGCUUUUGGUGUUGUUAAACUUGUUCGUGAAAAAAAUACUGGUAUAAUAUAUGCAAUGAAAAUAAUGAGAAAAGCUGAUAUGUUAAAAAAAGGUCAAGAAGGUCAUGUACGUGCAGAAAGAGAUCUAUUAACCGCUGCUUCUGAAUCUGCUCGAUGGAUAAUAAAGUUAAUUUAUUCUUUCCAAGACGCUGAUCAUUUAUACCUUGUUAUGGAAUAUAUGCCUGGUGGUGAUUUACUAAAUUUACUUAUCGAAAUGGAUACUUUUCCUGAAAAUUUUGCUAAAUUUUAUGUCGCUGAAAUGGUUUUAUGUAUUGAAGAGGCCCAUAAAAUGGGUUACAUCCACCGUGAUAUAAAGCCUGAUAACUUUCUUUUUGAUAGAGAAGGUCAUAUAAGGCUUUCUGAUUUUGGGUUGGCUACAGAUUUUCAUUGGGCUCAUGAUUCAUCAUAUUAUGAUCAACAACGUCGUGAUCUUUUACGUAAAACUGGUGUUGAUGUUGAAACUGAUACUCUUUCAAGAUUAAUGGGAAAAAAAUAUCAAUCAACAAAAUGGUUGAAUAAAUGGUCUGAUGAUUCAGAUUCUGAUAAUGAUGUACCUAAAACUCGUAUCCUAAGUUGGAGAGAUAAACAUCGUAAGAAUAUGGCUUACUCUGUUGUCGGAACAAAUAAUUAUAUGGCACCUGAAGUUUUAAGAGGUUCUGGUUAUGGCAGAGGUGGAGUCUUGGUAAUUAUUUACGAAAUGUUAUAUGGGUAUCCACCAUUUUGUUCCAAAUCUCGUCACACAACUCGUCUAAAGAUUAUUGAUUGGCAAAGCCAUCUGAAAUUUCCUCUUAUGCCUUUUGUUUCUCGUGAAGUUCAGGACCUAAUAAAAAAGUUAAUCUGUGAAAAGGAAAUUCGUCUUGGUUCGGGUCCUUCAAGAUCUACAAUUCGACCAAAUGGACUUUACCUUGCAAAUAGAAAAUCCGCUGUAUUGGGUUUAGGAGAUGCAUCAGAUAUUAAAUCACAUCCUUGGUUUAAAGGUGUUGACUGGGAUAAUCUUCAUAAGAUGAAACCACCAUUUGUACCUAAACUAAAGAAUGAAAUUGAUACUAGAUACUUUGAAGAAAAUAUUGAUGAUAGUCCGUUAGCACCUCCUGAGGGUGAGAGGAAACCAAAAGAUCCUAUGUUGAGAGAUAAGAGACACGGUAAAGAUAUAUUAAAUAUGCGAAAGGCAUUGGCAUUUGUUGGAUACACUUAUAAAGGAUUACCUACUGAACAACAAAGGGGUGGAAUGGCUGAGCGAAUAGCGGGAAGAUCUAGUUUUGGUGAUGCAAGUUUGAGAAUUCGAUCAAUGAGUUUGUGA